AUGAUAAAAUUAUUUAUUUUAUUAUUUAUUUAUCUUUCUCCAUUCACCAAUGGACAGGAUACACUUGUGGGUGUUCAAGCUCUUUGGAGACAUGGUGAUCGACCACCAGAGGUAAUCUUUGACUAUGAUCCACAUAAAAAUGAUUGGCCAGUGCCAUUGGGUGAAUUGUCACCACGAGGAAUGCGUCAACAUUAUGAUUUAGGAAAACGAUUAUUUGAAAGGUAUGCCAUACAACACAAAUUUAUAAAUCCAAAUUAUACAGUAAGUGAAAUACAUGUUAGAAGUACAAGUGUUAACAGAGCUCUUGCAUCAGCAUAUUCAAAUUUAGCUGGAAUGUUUAGUAAAUCUAGUAAUACUUAUCCAAAUGAUGGUGGUGAUUGGCCAAAAAAUUGGACACCAAUACCUGUUCAUACUGAAAAACAAUCUACUGAUUAUUUAUUAAAUAGUAAUUAUGAAUGUCCAAGACUUCAACAAUUAUCAACUGAAAGACUUAAUACAAAACAAUUUUUGUUAUUUGAAGAAAGUCUAUCAAAUUUAUUUAAAUAUCUAACUUUAAAUUCUGGAGUAAAUGUAACUGGAUAUAAAGUAUUAAAAAAACUUUAUGGAACAAUACAUUUAGAAAAAACAUAUUAUAAUUAUUCUCAACCAAGUUGGCUUACUUCUGAUAUUUUUUAUCAAAUGGAGACUGUCGUUAAUACAUCAAUAAAUUAUAGUUAUGGUUGUGCUGGUUUUGGUUUACCAGAAGAUACUGAAUUAAUAAGUUUAAAACAAGGACAUCUUGUCUGGAAGAUGAUUGAUAAUAUGAAACAAAUGAAAGAUAAUAAAAAUAUUGAAAAAUAUAUUGCUUAUUCAGCUCAUGAUACAACUCUUAUGGCAUUUGCAAAUGUUUUGGGAGCAAAAGUUUCUAUUAUGGGUAAAGGUUUAAUAGAUUAUGCUGCAACAUUUUUAUUAGAAUUAUGGAAAACAUCAAGUGGUGAAUAUUAUUUAGAACUUUUAUAUGCAAAUAAUGCAUAUGGAGAAUUUAAACCUGUUACAUACUUAAUUAAUGGAUGUAAAAAUAAAGUUCAAUGUAGUAUAGAAGAUUUUGAAGAAGGUACAAAAAAAUACCUACUUCAUCAUCCAGAAAAUUAUUGUGCUGCAAAAUAA